AUGUACAUCUCCACCACGUCUAUCGGCGGUAUUAUUAAUGGUACCUCCUUCGCAUACGCUGCCGCCGUCUCUCCCCCCCUGGGUGUGUGGCUGUCCCGUCCUAUUGUGAGCCUAGCAUACCAGAUAACCUCUGCGUAUUCCGUCUCGACUAUCCUACUAGGCCGCUCGUCUUAA